AUGCCGGAAAAAUUGCUCUUGCGUGAAGUCGAAGCUCAUCGAAUCCUAAUCAGCUGGAAAUCGUCAUCCAGCUUUGAAGAUAAUAAAUAUGUUGAGAAGCAGAUGAAUGAGAGGAAUCGGGUGCAUUUGUUCUCCAAGCACAACGAAUUGCAGUCGUGCCAGAUGUAUAGAUAUGAAGAAUAAUCGAGAAAAAACAAUUUUGCCAACAAUCUGGAAUUUUACCGAAUCGAGAUUAUUUAUGCGUGAUUGAGAAGAAAGAUGUUGUGAAAAUUAAAAAUUUCAGAAAAGUGGAAUUAUUAUUGAAGCCCGCUGUUUGAUGAUUUUCACAAGUUCAAAUCCUGAAUUCCAACAUGAAAACGCGUGAUGAUUUGUGCAUAUAUUACUUCAGCCUUCUUUCAAUGAUGAUGAAUGGAUUUGUCAUAUAAUAUGACUGAUAUUUAACCGGAUCUUUACAAUUCUCUGGAACCUCUUCACAAUGCCCUCCCUUCAAACUAAAAUGGAUCGAUAACUGGAAGCGUCUGUAGUCAACAAAUCAAUUUCAGUACACCCUUUGCGUGAAUGAAAUUCAACAAGCAGCUGUUUGCCAAGAAAGUUUUGUAUUCUAUGAGAAUGCAUGUCGCCUGAAUGUCAGACCAGUGAAGAGCAAACGGAAAAUGCAGCCACCAACACAAAAUGAAGUGGAAGCAGAAGCUUUUGGUUCGUUAUUUUCAUUGUGAAUUCACAAACGUUGAAUGCAAUUAUUGUUAUUUUAUAGAUCGAAAGAAGACGGAAAAUACGAAAACGGUUGCAGCAAUGUUGUAUUCUUCAAAUGUUCUGACCAUCAAACUUAGUUGAUCUCGCUGAAUAUUUACAAUCAAUGUUUGGAAUCAUGUCCCACCACGCGUUGAAAUUCCAACCUCAACAGAAUCAACCGCAGAUGAAGUUUAUGAAGAACCAACAAUUCCAUCUGUACCAGCUGGAGAACACUUUGAUUGCUCAAAUUUGGAAGAUAGAAACUACGUUUUGAAGAAGUUGUCGCUGAGAAGGAGGAGCCAAUUGAUAUUUAUGAACCAGUUCCAUCAUCAUCUUCUGAACAAUCAGUUGCUACUUCAAUUCUUGCUGAUAAUAAUGAUGUUCCAGUUGCAGUUACAGUUCAACCAAUUUCAGUAGUCACAGCUGGAUAUUCGGUCGUGAGUUUUUACGUUUUUAUUCGAGCUGGCAAGACGUGUUUGUCUCUGCUAGCAACAUUUUUCACAAUUAGAAAUGCCAAUUUUCAAAAAAAGACGUAUUUUAUAAUACAAUUUGUUUUACACGUUCUUCAUUUCUGGAAUUUCUAAAAAUUGUGUAUCACAACAAUUUUCCCGCCUAUUCUUCAUACUUCUGAAUCUGAUAAUCAUGGUAUUUUCAGCAUUCGGUUUUCACUACUUCAUUCCACCGACUAUUCAUUUGUUUCUGA